GUUUUUGGGGUAGUAAAUUAGUAAUAUCCUUACCCUCCUCUUUUCUCCCAAGUUCCCGAGUCACAAAUCUAAGCCAGGGGAGCAAGCAUACGAGUAACAUUGAUCAUCGGAGAAGGAAGUGUGUUGGUGGGAGAAGCAAAAGGUCGGAAAGAGAGAGAAGAUGAGAGGUGUUGGAGGACCGUUGCUGUGCAUCGGAGAUCUGCUGUGCGAUGUUGGAGAAUCAGAAGAUAAUUUGGAGCACCCAAUUCCCCAUAUUCAAACACCCUCUUCUCCUUCUGCUUUGCCUUCUUCCUCUGAUAUCCACCUCGAUCUUCAUCCUUCUCGCCUUACACAACUUUUCCAGGAAAACUAUGAGCAAUUGAACAAGGCACUUGAUGGGACAGAUCAUUCAUGGACUAGUUUGACAUUGAAGCUGUGUACUGCUUUGGAUACUGCAAAGAAGUUGAUAGAAUCCACCAACUCAAACGUGACAGUGCUGUCAGAGAAUGUUGGGGAACUUGAAAAGAUGAUCGGGAAAGGCGAUUCUGCUAUAGCAGAGGUCAGAUCCAUUCAUAGCUUAAUAAGCCAAAGGAUUGCUCCAUCCAGUGAGAGUGGAUCCUAAUCACAACUCACUAAGCAUAUCUGUUGAUAGUGAAGUGUAAAUCAACUUGUGCCUUCUGGUAAAAAUGUCUGUGGAUUUGCAUUUGUUUUUCUUUGGUGUAUGAAACGAUGGAUUUCUCUUGUUUAGCUCUUCCCAGAGUAGCAUUUUGCUUCGUGCAAGGGGAAAUAAUCUCUUGGAUUGGUUGAUUAGUAAGACUGUAAGAUUGAAAUCUAUUUUAAAUAAAGAAAAUACUUUUAAUUACUAUUUUUGUUUUGAGUUACAAUAGGAUUACUAAGUUAAGGUUACGCAUUAUAGAUUUGUUUUUUGGCAAUUAUGAAAAUGAAAUUCGUGUAGAAAAACCAUUGAUUUGAUAUUGAGCAAUGUUUUAAGUUGAAAUAGUAUAGCCAUUGCAUGGAGUUUUUACUCUUAUUUUUUA